UCCCCGGAGAUCACCACCACAAACGUGCGUAACUGAAACCUGCAGCCAUGCUGAAACAGAUACUAUCGGACAUGUACAUUGAUCCCGACCUUCUAGCAGAACUCAGUGAGGAGCAGAAGCAGAUCCUCUUCUUCAAGAUGAGGCAGGAACAAAUCAGGCGGUGGGAGGAAAGAGAAGCUGCUGCAGACAAGGCUUCAGCAAAGAAGCCAUUGCCUAGAAAAGCCAACGGGAAGACGGUGACAUGGAAGCUCGGCGCUGACAAUGAUGUCUGGGUCUGGGUGAUGGGCGAGCAUCCUUCAGAUAAAUCCUAUGCGGCCAUCUGUGAAGAGAUCCAGGCACAAAGGGCAAAACAGUUAGCGAGAGAGCAAGGCAAGGAGGGCAGAGAGACUGAUUCUUCUGUAACACGGUCUCUACAUCCACAACCAAGAGUCCUGGGUGAGACAGAUCUUCACAGGAAUAAAAAAAGCACUGUGGAAGAAAAGAAGGAAGAUGGGAGAAAAACUGCUGCUGCUACAACAGGGAAAAGCCAGGAGCUCACAAAGAGGGAAACCAGAGAUGUUCACCAGAUGCUGGCAGACUGCCACAUGAGGAAGCGUGGCUUCCAACAGACGAAGGAAGCACAGAGGAGAAAUUCGGGAGAAGAGACCACAGCUGCCCAGAAGGUGAUACCACAGAGCCACCCCAGCUCGGAGAGCCAGAGGAUGCUGCAGAAAUCAGAUGAGAAUGAGCCUGAAUGGCAGGAAUCCUUGCGGAAAUCCAAGGCAGCAGAUGAAAAGAGACGCUCCCUUGCACGGCAAGCCAGGGAUGACUACAGAAGGCUUUCACUGCAGGGCAUCCACAGGGGGAAGCAGGCAGAUAUUUCCAAGGAUGCCCCAGCAGGAGAUCGGCGACCACUCCAAUAUCCGCCUCUCCCCCCCAAACCUAAACUUCUACCUCCUGCAAUGGCAAACGGGAGAGUGAUCAGGAAAGAGGGAAUCCAGAGGACAAUAUCCAAUUCCACUGAAGAAAGCAUCAUUAAGUGGUUUAAAGAGGAGCAAUUCCCUCUCCGAGCUGGCUAUCAGAAAACCACGGACACGAUAGCACCUUGGUUCCAUGGUAUCCUAACCUCUAAGAAAGCAGAGGAGCUUCUGGAUAAAACAGUACCAGGGAGCUUUCUGGUCCGGGUCAGUGAGAAAAUCAAAGGCUACGUGCUCUCCUAUCGGUCUGUGGAAGGGUGUAAACACUUCCUCAUUGAUGCCUCAAGUGAUUCCUACAGCUUCCUUGGAGUGGACCAGCUACAACAUUCAAUGCUGGCUGACCUUGUAGACUACCACAAGGACGAACCCAUCACUUCCUUGGGGAAGGAGCUGUUGCUUUACCCGUGUGGCCAAGAGGACCAAGAACCAGAUUACAUCUCUCUCUUCGAGUGAACCUCCUAGUUUCACCGUGCAGCCCCAUGCCUGUAUUCACAAAGACUGAACUUCGAACUAGAGCUGCUGAUGCUUACCUGAACCGGUUGCCAUAAGUGCCUCUAUUU